AUGAAGUUUACUGCCGCUAUUACAACUGCCGUGCUGGCCACUGGUGCCCUUGCGGCGCCUCGGUCUGGACUGGCUGAACGCCUUGAAGCUCGUGGUGUCUUGACUCGCCAGUCCGUUCCAGCUCACAAGUUUGACAACUCUGGCGAGGAGAACAGCGUGCUUCUCAAGGAAGGAGGCGAUGGCGCUGGUGUCCAGUACAGCAAGAACUGGGCUGGGGUCGUUCGAGAGCAACCACCUGCCAGUGCUACCUACACUGAAGUCUCGGCAACAUUUACCGUACCUAAUCCCACAGCCACCGAUGACUCGGGGGAUACCCAAGCUGCUUCUGCUUGGGUUGGCAUUGAUGGUGACACCUACACCAAGGCUAUCCUGCAGACUGGCAUUGACGCCUACAUCUCCAAUGGAGAAAAAUCGUAUGAUGCCUGGUACGAGUGGUACCCCAACGCGGCUGAAAACUUCGACCUCGACCUCACGGCUGGCGACGUGAUCGUUGCUUCGGUCAAGUCUUCUUCCUCCAGCAAAGGUGUCGCGAUUAUCGAGAAUAAGUCGACUGGAAAGAGCGUGACCAAGUCGCUUUCUGCGCCUAGUUCCUCUGCCACCCUUGGCGGACAGAAUGCCGAGUGGAUUGUCGAAGACUUCAACUCUGGUUCGUCUAUGGUUCCCUUCGCCAACUUUGGCCAGGUCACCUUUACUGGUGCACAGGCCAAGGCAUCCGGUGAAGAGUAUGGUGUGAACAGUGCCUCUAUUCUGGAAAUCCAGCAAAAUGGCCAGCUGCUUGCCGAUGUCGAGAUUCAAAGCGAUACCCAAUUCACCGUCACUUAUGUGUAAAGGGCCG